CGUCGAUCCGGGGUGUUCCCCCCUCUCCUUCUUGUCCAUUUAUUGUCUGCCUGCCUCCGUGACCCGAUUCUUCGCGGUUUUCGACGACGACUUGGAUGGAUAUUGGCUAGAGCGUAUACCUCGCUAGCUAGCUCGCUACGAUGUCGCGCGCGACGACGACAACGACGGAUUCCGGCGCAACGGCCGAUGCUCCCUCGCUCCCUUGGAGGGCCUUGUCCUCUACCACCAUCUUCGGGGUGGCUGCCCUGUGUCGUUCCUUUCUGUAUGUCUGCAGCCGGCCGUCGGUGCACGGAUUGGACCCGUUCCUCGAGCUGCUUGAGUCGAGGAGGGAUCCGUCGCAGAGGACGAGAGGCUUGCUUACAGUGGCAAAUCAUACCAGCGUAAUGGAUGAUCCGAUCAUGUGGGGGUUUCUUCCGAUGCGAUACAAUUUCGGGCUUUCAAACUGGAGCAAAAGAUGGGGAUUUGGAAGUCAUGACAUCUGUUACCAGACGAGGCCUCUAGCUUUGUUCUUUACGAUGGGCCAAGUCCUGCCUACGCAUCGACUAGCCCAUUCGCCUUACGGUGGCAUUGCGCAACCCGUCGUGACCCAGGCGAUCCGACUGCUCUCGAAAGGCCCGUUCCCCGCCGACCCUCACAUGGCAGUCCCCGAACGGCAAACGUGGAGUCGAUUCAAUGUCUGCGUGGACCCUUUCUCCGACCUCCCCACAGCGUACACGACCGAUGGACACGACUCCCAUCUGUCUCCGUCCUCCUAUGCCUGCAACUCGUACUCCUGGUUCCACAUCUUCCCCGAGGGCAAGAUCCACCAGGCCCCGAACAAGACCAUGCGCUACUUCAAAUGGGGCGUAGCCCGACUGAUCCUGGAGGCCAGCGAAUGUCCCGACGUUGUGCCGAUAUGGCUGGAGGGCUUCGAUCAGGUCAUGCACGAAAGCCGCGAAUUUCCUCGGUUCCUUCCCCGCGUUGGAAAGGAGGUCAGCGUCACGUUCGGACAGAAGGUAGACAGGGAUGCGGUCUUUGGAGAGAUGAGGAAGCGCUGGCAGGAGAUCAAGGCCAAUGCCGAGCGCGCUGCCCCGGAAACCCGCGACCUCCCGCUGGGUGUAUUGAGCGACGAGCUGCUGUAUGGCACCGAAGCCGUUGAGCUGCGGAAGGAGGUCACAAAGAAGGUCAGAGAUCUCGUCUUAGAAGUAAGACGGUCUAGAGGACAUUCAGAUGAGGAUCCCAAGGAAGGACUCGUCGAGACCUGGAUUCAAGAGGGCCCCAAGCGUGAGGGCAAGAUGGACGAUGACUCAUGGUUAGCAAACCACUUCACUCUGCGCGCCCCCUUCCCUAUGCCCAAAAAGCACAACAAGAACGCCUUCGCCAAACCACCCAGCACUCCUCACCGCAGUCUUGCUUCCUCCGGCCCUCGAGGCAACCACCACCAUGACCCCCUCCGGCCAUCGCAGGCCUUAUCCUCCACCGCGGAGCAGCCCUCCGUCAACGACCUGAUCAGCCACCUGCGUCGCACCCAGGUCUUCAAGCCCUCCGACGAUGGCCCCGAAAGCCCAUUCCGCUUCGUUGCCCCACGAUCCGUCCAUCCCUCCCUCCGAAACCUCCUCGAGCUCCCAGAAACGCCGCCUCCUCGCCCUCGCCCGGACGCGCGACGCCUCGGAGUCGGCUCACGACGAUUGAGACGAACCCCCGGGCCCCCACCCCCCGAGAGCUGGCUCUUGGGCGGCCUCAACUCGGAAAAUACGGACGAUGCCGAUGCCGAUGCCGAUCUCGCCGCCGCGGAGAAAGAGAGGGUCAUCUACCGGCUGGAACGACUCCCAGGGACAACCUUCCCGCGAAAGGGCAGCCUACUGGAUACAGUGCUCCGAUCCAUGACCACCUACUGGGACUGGCAUCUCGAGUACGAUGGGCCGUUCCUCGCGGACCUCCCAAACCACCUCAAAGUGCGCCUGCUCAGCUACAUCGCGAUAUACGCCAAAGACAAACCCUUAGGCGGGUUAAUGCACGGCCUGCGACCGUUAUUCGAGAAACCUUACGGCAGCGAGUCCGACGAAGACGAUACACUCCGGGAAACCGAGUCCGAGAUCACCCGUCUGGAUCUCGGUAAUGCCAUCGGUCGCUGGCUGACCCUGAGACAACUCUCUGGCGAGCUACAGGUGGCCAAGAAGCAAAGCCCCGUCCAGCGCAAGCUGAAAGAGCCCGUCCCGUCUUCUUGGGACGACGAGUCCGACGAAGAGGGAGCCACCACCACUACCACCACCACCACGAUAAAAGAUCCCGUCCUCAACCCACCCCCUCCCACCCUCCGCUUCUCCAACCUCCGCUACCUCUCUUUCGCGCACCCCAAACCCGGCUUCGCCAAUUGGAACUCCCUCAUCAGCCUCCUCGCCCGCCUCUCCACCAUCACUCACCUCUCCCUCGCCCACUGGCCCGUCCCCACCGUCACUCCCAAUGCCAUCAACGCUCGCGUCCGCCACCCAACGCACCGAUCCCUCACGUUCUCCUACAGCGGCACAGACACCUACUCCGCCAGCGAAAACAACUGGGCCGAGGCAGCAGGCAUCCUGCGUCGUUUGUCCCGCGUAACCUACUGCCUCAAAUGGCUCGACCUCGAAGGCUGCGGGGAUUGGAUCCCCGCGCUGAGCUGGGACGGAACCGGUCCGGACGGCGAAUCAUACACCACGGGUCCUGAAUGGAACGCUUCCUGGCGCGAUAUUGAAUGGAUCCGUCUCGGACCGGGCUGGCUUCCUCAUAUCGAUGACGGCGAGAUCUUCCUCGAAGCGACCGGGACCGGAAGCAGUGACCCCCACAGUAACUCCUCAUCCUCGUCUCUCUCCUCCCCGGCCAGAUCCCUAGCCUUCUCCGUUCAUGCGCCCCUGCCGUCUCAUCCCGCUACGGCUAGUACGAGCACCACCCAUCGAACCGCAGGACCGGGACCGGGUGUAUCAGAGCCGUCAGAUCUCCCCUGGGACGUCGAGCUCGAGCGCAUCAAAUACCGGCGGUCGAAGGAGCUGGAACGGUUCCGCGAGACCGUCCGUGCCGCGAAGGCUAUUCAGCAGCGGGUGUUGAGGACGCGAAAGGAGGGGAGGGGCAAGUGGGUUCGGUUCUCGUUUGGGGUCGAUGAAUUGGAUGAGGACGUGCUGAAACGGUUGUUUGGGAAGGACUGGUUGGCGUUUUUGCCCUGAGAUGUGUAUAUCUAUCUUUGUGUGGGUUGUGUAGAGUGUCUACUGUAAGUGGUAGGUUCAUUGGUUGACUGUGUAUAUCUGUCUGUCUGUCUGUCGGUGUGGGGGUAUUUAUGUGGAAGCCUGGCAGAACUGGUACAGGAAUGGUACAGAGAUGGUAUAAUACAGAGACCAAAGGUAGUAGGUAGCAGUAGCUAGUGAAGUUGGGUUAUCUCAACUUCAGGCAGAACAUAGAAUGCUG